CAUAAAAGCCCUCUGUAAUAGGUCAACAUUAGUCCACAAGGAAAGACAAUAGUGCUUUGGAUGUCCUGGUCGACAUGGGGAUAAUUUGCCUAUGUGAGCUAUAUGUGAUCCUCAGCUUGAUGACAGGAAACCCGCUGAUCAGAGAGCGUCGGAACGCGGUUUACAAGUUCAGAAUCUAUAGGCUACUUCCGAUCGUUUGUCACAUUUUAUUGUUUCUGACGCAAUCGACCUUUGAGUAUAUAUCUCCAACAUUACAUUGUAAAGAAUCAGGGCAGAUGUAGCCCCGGGGCUGCUGCCGAAUCGACCGUUUUAUUUGCGCAGCUGCAUGUCCCGCUUUUAGGAAAACCGGACUGGGCUGCAGCAUCAACACAAGAAUACCAGCUCCUUUCACUGCAUCCUCACCCGAGGCCGAUAGCUCUGCUCCAGCUGCUGCGCGUUACCUGCAGGUCUGAGCAAGCAGCGUUAAAGGAGAUCAAGAGCAGAAGACGCGUAUAAUUAUGGCGCAUGGAUUUUAACCGUGGAGACAUUUAGGAGGACCGGUGAGACAAGGGCGAGUUGUAGCCGACAGCAGCAGCUGCGGCGGUCUUCGGAGCUGCGCAGCGGUAGUGGAGGUAGGUCAUGGUCGGACGGGGACUACGGGCAUGUAAGCCCCGGUUUGGGAAGCGAGGGAGCAGGCUCGGUGUUCUGCCUUAUCUGUGCGCGGCGGUGGCGAGCGCGGCCCUGUUGGCUCUGCUCUUCGUGGACUUCAUCGAGUCCUGGGCCACCUCCAUCGGCAUGAACACGGCGGUGGAACCGCACGCGGGCAUCAUCCCCCCGCAGAGCGUCCCCCCCACCCGUCCCGAGGAGUUCCUGCUCAUGCCCAGCCCGCUCGUCUGCCAGCGUGCUAAGCCUUACCUCAUCACCAUGGUUACCUCGGCGCCUGCCAACCAGCGGGCGCGCCAGGCUAUCAGGGACACCUGGGGGGGGGAGGUGGAGGUGAGGGGCCUGCGGGUCAUGACCCUCUUCAUGGUGGGCGUGGCAUCUGACCCUGGGCUGGCCAAGCUGAUGAUAGAGGAGGCCAGAGAGCGAGCAGAUCUGAUCCAGGGCCGUUUUCUGGACACCUACUCCAACCUCACCCUGAAGACCCUGUCCAUGCUGGGCUGGGCCCGCCGGUUCUGCCCUCAGGCCCACUUCAUGGCCAAGGUGGACGACGAUGUCCUGUUCAACCCCAGCGCCCUCCUGCACUUCCUGAACAAGAGCCGAAACCCCUACGAACAGGGUGACCUGUACCUCGGCAGGGUGCACCUCCAUGUGGCCCCGGAACGUGACCCGGAGAGCAAGCACUACCUCCCUUCAGGGGCCUACCCUCCUUCUGUCUUCCCAGACUACUGCAGCGGCACAGCCUAUGUCCUGUCCCGCUCCGCACUGCUCAAGAUUUCCCUGGCAGCCUCUGCGUCACCUUUAUCCACACCUCUGCCCCCCGAGGACGUGUUUGUUGGCUUGUGUGCCCGGACGGCCGGAGUGCUGCCCUCGCACUGCCCGCUCUUCUCUGGCGGCCCAGGUGUGCCAUACGGGCGCUGCUGCUAUCAGGCCAUGGUGUCCGUCCACCACGUCCCACCCAGGGAGAUGCUGCACUACUGGGCCGACGUCCACACAUCGCACCCUUGCUCCUGGCUGAGUCUACGCGCUUCUCUGGGGCUCUGCAAGGUCAGGGCGAUGCUGGGGUCAGCUCUGGGCCUGGAGCAGGGCUUGUGAGGGGGGAUGAGAGGUGGACUCACUGGGGCCGUGCCUUGCUUCAAAUACUGUGAACAGCACAAGUGCUCUUUGGGCUGUAAAAUGUCACUUUUCUUUUUUUUAGAGCAUUAUUUUUUUAAACACUUAUGUAAUUAAUCAGCUUUUUUUCUUUUUGCAGAAAAGAUGGCAGUAUGAAGAAUUGUCACAGUGGUCUUUAGACUGUUACAGCAUCCUUCAUUGUUACUGACACAUGUUGUAGAUGUAGAACAAACACCGGCAUGCUGAUCUUAUAGCUACAGUGAGGAAAUAUAGCCACUUAUGUGAUGAACGCACAUCGGAGCACCUACACACCAAGUCUGAGACUUCUAGGCUGCUGCCCUAUCGACCAUGCAGGUACUAAAAGUGUAGAUGUUAGUCUAUUAAGACGCCUAAAUGCAUGAUGCUCUAAAUAGUACAAUAAUUACGAAACCACAGGCUUGAUAUACCCGGUAGAAUAACACAUUAUCUAUUCGCUGAAACCUUUUAAUGUUCAAACCAGAAAACUGAGGAAUUUUCUGUAUUGUGUUUUUUUUUUUAGUAAUAAUAAUGACAUGAGGAUAAGAGCAACCCGCCAUCAACUGUACAGUUUGGAGACUGAAGGCCGUUGUGGGAACAAGCAGGACUUUGCUCUUCUGCAUUUAGAGGCUCGGUUAUUCUGCUGCCUCACGUCAACUGGAAAAUAUAACUGAUGUGAUGCACAGCUAGAAUUGUACUAUUUAUUUCCCUUUUUCUCUGUAAUAGUGAGAUUAAACAGUAAGUAGAGUGUGAACGACAGAGUGAGUAUAUGUUAAAAUAAUGCCUGUGCUCCACACACAAUGUGCACAGAGGAAAAAGUCAGGAAAACCUAUUUGAAUCAACCGCUGUCACAAAUAAACUGCUCUGUAUUA